AUGAAUCAUUUACUAAAUCUAUCGAAACGAACGGUUCUCCUAACCAAUCGUUUACCCAUUCAGACGUCCAUUCGUACCGUUCUUAAUAAUCGUGAAUGGCGUCCAAAUGAAGAAGCUCCUGUCACACCUGAAGACCGCGCUGCAACAGCUCGUAAAUAUAACAUGCUACCAGAAGAUUACAAACCAUUUCCACCCGAAUACAAUGCUGGUGAUAUGCCAGACGUUGCGCCAUCAGGAAGAUAUUUCGAACGUAGUCCCUGGGAAGAUUAUGAUUAUCCGUUAGAUAGACAAAACUGGAAUGAACCGCGUCAUCCGAGUGAUUUUAUCAAAUUCGAAAAAACACGUCUUGGACACGCAGAAGAAAAUCAACCAGUCAUAACGAAAGAAUUGUGGAAAUUAUUGAUAUUCCCAGUUUCGAUUAUAUUGGCUAUAUAUGCUUUGCGUGAGCUUGAAUUCAUGAAUCCAACAUUUCGUUCACCAAAGGUCGAACCUGGUGUAGUACAUUACUCAUUUGAGAAAGAGGAUGGUUCUGGCCACGGCGUUCGAUAUUAA